AUGGGCCUUAACGGUCUUCAUCUUCUGUCUCUCUUACUGCUGUCCCAAGGAAUUCAACUUGCUCAAGGAAGAUGUAGCAGUGAUCAGUUUCAGUGCACCAAUGGACAUUGCAUCGACAUAGAUUGGAGGUGUGAUGGGACUAAAGACUGCGCAGAUGACUCAGAUGAGCUGAACUGUCCGCCUCCAUCAUGCUCUGUGCAGGAAUUUAAAUGUGUAACAAGCGGAGAAUGCAUCCGUUUGGAAUUUGUCUGUGAUGGAGACGAGGACUGCGUCGAUGGCUCAGAUGAACAAAGAGCUUGUGGUGGACGGACCUGCCGCCCAGACCAGUUCACCUGCGAGGACGACCAGUGUAUCCCCAUCACAUACAAAUGUGAUCAUGUAAAGGACUGUGUGGACAACUCUGAUGAGAAAAACUGCAACUAUCCAAGUUGCACUCAGAAGAUAUGCGCUAAUGGGGCCUGUUACAACAACUCUCAGCACUGCAAUGGCCUGCAGGACUGCAGAGAUGGAUCUGAUGAAUUUAACUGCACCACACAGCACUGUCCCAUGCAUCAGUUUGAGUGUGGAAAUGGCGUCUGUAUCCCUAAUUCUUUUGUGUGUGACCACUGGAACGACUGUGGGGACAACAGCGAUGAGCAACACUGUGCGUACCCGAGCUGUGGUGGCAGUCAGUUCACGUGUUCCAGUGGCCGCUGCAUUCCUCAGAACUGGGUGUGUGACCAUUUCAAUGACUGUGGGGAUUACAGUGACGAGAAAGGAUGUGACAGUAACUCUCGAGACUGUUAUCCUGGUGAGUGGGGAUGCCCAGGCUCAUCUGUAUGUAUACCAGUGGGAAAAGUGUGUGACACCAAACCUGACUGUCCUGGAGCAACAGAUGAGACCAACUCCACCGCUCAGCAAACCUGCAGCCUGGAUCGGUGCUCCACUUUGAGUUGCGAGUACCUCUGUCACCCAUCUCCUCAGGGAGGUUCUUGCUACUGCCCUGAUGGUUUUACUGUAGCCAAUGACAGUCGAACCUGUGUAGACUAUAAUGACUGCCAGAUCUGGGGGAUCUGUGACCAGCUGUGUGAAGACCGUCCUGGGACACACCACUGCAGCUGUGCAGAUGGAUACUUCCUGGAGCAGGGUCAUAUCUGCAAAGCCAAUAUAUCAGUUGGAAUGCCACAGCUCAUUUACACUGACGGGGGUGAUGUGAAGAUGGCUGAUAUACAUGGACGUGUAGUCAGAACUCUGGUGCCGGCCCAGGGCAGAGGUUAUGCUGUAGGGGUGGCAGUUCACUGGCACAGCGAAACAGUCUUCUGGAGUGAUACAUACACCAAAAAGGUGUACUCUGCCAACUACAAUGGGAAUAACAUUAAGGAGAUUCUGACUGCUGCGGUCCACAAUGUCCAGAACCUCGCUGUGGACUGGCUUAACUUCAAGCUCUAUGUCUUAGAGGCCAUGAUGGAGCGUAUCGACAUGUGCGACUUUGAUGGUGGGAAUCGGGUCACACUGGUGGCAGAGAACCUUCAGAGUCCUCAUGGUCUCGUCCUGGACCCAACAGUGGGCUACAUGUUCUUCACAGACAUGGGUUAUGCUGGUGAGCAAGUGAAGCUUGAACGUGCCUUCAUGGAUGGCACUAACCGUGUAGAGCUGGUGAAGCGCAGACUCGGCAUUCCCAUGGGAAUUACUCUAGACAUUGUCACCCAGAGGAUCUACUGGUCUGACAGCCACUUCGACACAGUGGAGACUGUCACCUAUCAUGGUUUGGACAGGAAAAUCGUCCUCAACGGGGGAACCCAGGCGCCACAUCCUUUUGGAAUUGCUAUGUUUGAAAACCACAUAUUUUUCACUGACUGGACCAAGAUGGGUGUGAUUAGAGCUAACCGCUUCAGAGACAGCAACCCAGCACUCCUCUAUCGUACUUCAAAGCGACCGGGCCAUGUUGUAGUCUCACACUCGGUCCUGCAACCUGCCGUGAUGAACCCUUGCGGCCGACACAACGGUGGUUGCCAGCAGAUUUGUGUGUUGAGUCACCGCUUCGACAAUGACGGUCUGGGCUACCGCUGCAAGUGCCGCCAUGGUUACGACCUGCACUCUGACCUGCGGACCUGCUUUAAGGUGAAGGAGUACUUGCUGUUGGCCACGUCUCUGGGAGUACGGGGAAUUCCACUUAACUUAUCCCUCCAGGAGGACAUCACCCUGCCCCUCACUGGGCUCGGGACGUCUUUCUCUGGCUCUGCUGUGGAGUUUGACAGCAAGGAUGAAGCCCUUUUCUACAACGACAGGUCCAGAGGCCUCGUCUAUAAGUCGAACCUCGAUGGCACUGUCCAAGAGAUUCUGACAGGCUCCAGAGUGGGAGUGAUUGAUGCCAUGGCUUACGACUGGACCUCCAAAGUCUUGUUUUGGACCACAAGCAGCUACAAGUCAGUGGUGGCCUUCAGAGUCACAGACAAGUCGAGACGAGACAUUGUGACGGGACUGAGGAACCCCAAAGGAAUUGCAGUACAUCCCACGGCUGGCUACUUGUUUUGGUCUGACUGGUACCGUCCAGCGGUCAUAAUGAGAGGCUACACUGAUGGCAGCAACGCUGUUCCUCUGGUCAACACAACACUGGGAUGGCCGUAUGGACUUUCUGUCGACUAUGAAACCAACAGGCUGUACUGGGUGGAUUCCCAGUUGGACCAGAUUGGUCACAUUGGCAUUGAAGGAUAUAACAGGCAGACCUUUACCAACAUUGGCCAGAUCACUCAACCCUACUCUCUAACAGUUUAUUCAGACUACCUGUAUGUGUCGGAUACAAGGACCAGAGCUGUGUUUGAGAUGAGGAAGAGGGAUGGAGGAGGAAACAUUAUGAUCAGACAAGGAGUCACUGGCAUCAUGAAUGUCAAGGCCUACACAGCUGACCUCUACAGCAAAUACCCCAGCCAGUGCAGUGACUCCAACGGGCUCUGCAGCCACUUCUGUUUCCCGACUCCCUCCAACGGUCGAGUGUGUGGCUGUCCGUACGGCAUGAAACUUAAGCCCAAUCAGAGGGAAUGUAUCAAGGACGAUUCUGUUCCCCCACCUGACAACAACUGUGGCGACUACGCCUUUGAGUGUGACGAAGGGCGCUGUCGGCCCAACUCCUUCCGCUGUGAUGGAAUUGUUGAUUGUGUCGAUAAGACUGAUGAGGCCAACUGCACUAAUACAGGAGCAACCUGCUCUCCAAAUGCAUUCACCUGCAACAACAAGCACUGCAUCUAUUCCAGUUGGCGCUGUGACGGCAUGGACGACUGCGGUGACGGUUCUGAUGAAGUAAACUGUCCCACUCGUGUCCCUACCACUUGUUCCGCCAGCUACUUCACCUGCGACAACAACAGGUGUAUCUCUAAGAUGUGGGUGUGUGACGGUGACAAUGACUGCGGCGAUGGCUCUGAUGAACACAACUGCAAUUCAACCAUCACCACCUGCCCUCCUUCCUACUUUUUGUGUCCUGACCACCGCUGCAUCCACAACUCGUACGUGUGUGAUGGAGACCAGGACUGCCUGGAUGGCUCUGAUGAGAAAGACUGUGAGUUUAACUGUAACAGCUAUGAGUUUGCCUGUGCCAGUGGGGACCAGUGUGUCAGUUCGAGAUAUCGAUGUGAUGGAGUGUUCGACUGCAGGGACCACUCUGAUGAACAAGACUGUCCCACUCAGAUUCCAGGCCUCUGCCAUGAUGACGAGUUCCAGUGCCAGACCGACGGUUUCUGCAUACCAGAUGAGUGGGAGUGUGACGGCCAUCCGGACUGUGAGGACGGAUCCGACGAACACAACUCCUGCCCGCCCAUCACCUGCAGAUCCAACUAUUUCCAAUGUACCAACAAGUUGUGCAUCCCAAUGAGCUGGUUAUGUGAUGGCGACGACGACUGCAGGGACAUGAGUGAUGAACAGAACUGCCCCACCCCGCCAUUUAGGUGCCCCGCCGGACAGUGGCUGUGCCCCACCGACCAGGUGUGCAUAGCCCUGGACAAGGUGUGCAAUGGCCAGAGGGACUGCCCCAAUGGAGCAGAUGAAUCACCUAUCUGCAACCAAGAGGACUGUGCACUAGACAAUGGGGGCUGCAGUAACGGCUGUGUCCAAGGACCAUUUGGGGCUCAGUGCACGUGUCCACCAGGAUUUCAGCUCCUCAACGACUCCAAGACCUGCGACGACAUCGACGAGUGCCUGAUCCCAGGUUUCUGCAGUCAGCAGUGCUACAACGAGAGAGGAAGCUUCAGGUGUCACUGCUCACAUGGUUACCUCCUGGAGCCGGAUGGUCGCACCUGCAAAGCUACAGACCAACUAGCAGCUGUUCUUCUGGUUGCCAAGCGAAGCCAGAUUAUCGCCAAUCGAGUCAACAUGAGACCACCUCAAAUGCGUCCAGUGGUGAGCGGUUCAAGCAUCAUGACCGUAGACUUUGAUCGAGUAACUUCCAGAAUCUACUGGGCCGAUGCCUCGCAGAAGAAGAUAUGGAGUGCCUACCAGAAUGGCACGGACAGACGGGAAGUGUUCUCCAGCGGUCUGUUGGUACCAGAGACUAUAGCUGUGGACUGGGUGGGUCGUAACCUUUAUUGGACCGACUCUCUCAUGGAGAACAUCGAGGUCUCCACUCUGGAUGGUCGCUUUCGAAAAGUCCUCCUCACCAAGAACGUUACCAGCCCCCGCGGACUGGUUUUAGACCCCCGUAACUACACCAACUUGAUGUUCUGGUCAGACUGGGGUCAGAACCCCAGGAUUGAGCGGGCAGACAUGGACGGAGCCAUGAGACAAGUCAUCGUCAGCACUAAGCUGUACUGGCCAAACGGCCUGGCCCUGGACUACACCACACGUAGGGUCUACUUUGCUGACGCCUACCUCAAAUAUAUCGACUACUGUGACUAUGAUGGCAAUAACCGGCAUCAGGUCAUGGCAAGUGACAUGGUUCUCCAGCACCCACACGGUAUGACCAUCUUCGAGGACAGCAUCUACUGGUCGGAGCGCUACACCAGCAGGGUGAUGAGGACGAACAAGUUCCAUGGUGGCAACAUAACUACUCUGAUGAACAAUGUCUACCAGCCCAUGGGCAUCGUUAUGGACCAUCCCGUUAAACAGCCUACAGCCAUCAACCCAUGCAGAGAACACCUGUGCACUCAGCUGUGCCUGCUGUCAGGCAUCAGACCCAGGUACUACUCCUGCCACUGUCAGUCGGGCUGGAAGCUGGCUUCUGACAAACGUACCUGUGUCAAAGACGAGACCCCCUUUUUGAUGGUGGUGAGAGAUUCAGUGAUUUUUGGCAUUCCCCUGGACCCUGCUGACCCCUCCAACAAUGCAUUGCCCCCUGUGUCUGGCAUCAGCCAGGGGAGGGACAUUGACUUCGAUGACCAACAGCAGUUAAUCUAUUGGGUGCAGAACACUGGCUCUAUAUGGCAAGUAAAAACCAGCGGUACCAACAGGUCUGAGUUUGCUCCAGCAGCUUUCUUGGGCUCGCCUUCUGGUCUGGCUUUUGAUUGGAUAAGCCGAAUAAUGUAUUACACCAAUCCUACUGCUAAAGCCAUAGAGGUUAUCCGUGUGGAUGGAGACCAGCACUAUAGGAAAACCCUCAUCACUUCUAAUGGUAAACCGGAGGGAGCAGGAGAGCCCUUUGGAAUAGCCCUGGAUCCAGCCCGAGGGAAAUUGUUUUGGACAGACAAAGGGUCAGACAGUGGAGUUCCACCAAAGGUCAGCAGCGCUGACAUGGACGGAGGAAACCUCAGGAAUCUCUACACAAGCGGCCUGGCAAAUAUAGGACUCAUCACUGCUGACAUCUCUACCAUGAAACUGUACUGGGGUGUGGCAGGCUCAGGCGUGGUACUUGUCAUCUUCAUCCUGGUUCUGAUUAAACUACUUGGUCUCACUCCUUCGUUGUUUGCUCAGAUCGAGAGUGGCACCAUGGAUGGAGUUAGCCGUAUGACAGUAAACUACCUGUACUACACCGACCUGGACUACGAGGUCAUCGAGAGGGUUGACAAGGGCAACGGUGCCAACAUGGUGGUGAUGAGGAGCGGCAUGUCUGGCCUGCGAGCCCUCAAAAUGCAUGCCAGAGACAACUCAGCAGGGACCACCAACGCCUGCAGCUCCAACAACGGGGGCUGCCCCCACCUCUGUCUACCCAAACCAGGCAAUCAAAAGACCUGUGCCUGCACCACCGGCUUUCACCUCUCUCAAGAUGGCUCCCGCUGUGAACAGUUUGAGUCUUUCGCGAUUGUCUCCACGCCCAAAUACAUCCGUGGCUUCCACAUAAACAGCUCCGACCACUCUGAAGCCAUGGUGCCUGUCGGUGGACCUUCCUACUUCAUUAAAGGCAAGUUGGACCUCCAUAUCGAGUCUGGCUUUGUAUACUGGAUUGACAACAGCACCUCCACCUCAUACAGGGGGAUCUUCAGGGCCAGAACAGAUGGAGGGCGUUACAGCACUGUCCUCAACACAGGUGUUGGAAGAGGUGGCAUCCUUGGCUUUGCUGUUGACUGGAUUGCAGGUAACUUAUACUUCACCAAUGCCUUUGAGACUGAAACCUUCCUGGAGGUGCUCGCCAUCAACACCACCUACCGAAUGAUCCUCCUCAAGUCCACCCAGGACCGGCCCCGUGACGUGGCUGUCAGCCCCAAGCUUCGCUACCUCUUCUGGACCGAUGGUGGCCAAACACCCAAAAUUGAGCGAGCCCUGCUAGACGGCACCAACCGCACUGUGCUGGCAUCAGGGAGCCUAGCAUCACCUCACGGCCUCACCAUUGAUUACACCAAUGAUUUCCUCUACUGGACAGAUGACGUUCUUGAUAUGAUCUCCCGAAUGGCCACAGACGGCACACAGAGGCAGAUUAUCCGCUAUGGGAGCCGCUAUCCAUCCCCAGGAGGGAUGGCUAUAUUUGGAAACUACAUGCUGUGGGUGGAUAAAAAGCUUGGAAAGCUCUUACAGGCCAGUAAGGACCCAGCCAACACCGACCAGCCAGAGGUAAUCCGAGACAGUCUUGAUGGGCUCAUUGAUGUCGCUAUCUUUGAUGCUCAUGUCCAGCCCACAUCUGCUAACCAGGUGGGCUUUAACCCAUGUCAAGAAGAUAACGGACGCUGCCAGCAGCUCUGCUUCGCCAUUGCAGGCCAGGAGAAACCAAAAUGUGGUUGUGCUCACGGGUCACUCCUUAGUAAUGGAGUGACAUGUGGUUACGGACUGGAUGAGUUUCUGGUUUUCACCACAGACUACACGCUGAAUAGCUUGAGGUUAGAUCCUAUGGAUCACAGCACCCCCUAUCCAACGGUGAACUUGGGCUACAACUUGAUGGCUUUGGAUUAUGACUUCAAGGAGAAGCGCAUUUUCUUCACCCAGUAUAGUGGAAUUGGUCGGAGCAAGAUUGGCUACAUCACCACGACAUCCAUCACCAGCCCGCCUGUCAUCAUAGCUUCAAAUUUGGAUGACCCAGAGGGAUUGGCGUAUGAUUGGGUCAACAAGCGUCUGUACUUUACUGACUACUACAGCCGCAAUGUCCAGUCCAUGGGGGCGGAUGGGAUGAACCGCUCAAUCAUCGCCCAUGCAAACCGUCCCAGAGGCAUCAUCGUUGACCCCUGCUAUGGUUACCUAUACUGGACUGACUGGGGCUCUCCAGCUAAGAUUGAGAGGGCCACACUGGGUGGAAACUUCCGGACUGCCAUCAUCAGCACCAGCCUGACAACGCCCAAUGGCCUGUCUCUGGAUUACGAGGAAAGGAUGCUCUACUGGGCUGAUGCCUCAUUAGAUAAAAUCGAGAGGGCCACUCUGACUGGUGAGAACCGACAGGUGAUCUUGCAGGGGGUCAUGUACCCGUACGCCAUGACUGUCUUCCAACAGGACAUCUUCUGGACCGACUGGACUGAGAGAGCCGUCUUUAGGGCUGGGAAGGAUGAUGGCUCUGGCUUCUCUGUGCUGGUCCAGGACCUUCAGUACCGACCAAAUGACAUCCAUGUUUAUGCCGCAGCGAAGCAGGAGAGCUGCUCCAGCCCCUGUCAGCAGUUCAACGGAGGCUGCAGUCAUGUCUGUGUGCCCGGUCCGCUGGGCCCAGAGUGCCAGUGUCCUCAUCAGGGGAAGUGGUACCUGGCCAACAACGGCAAAGACUGUAUCGAAGACAAAGGGAAACGCUGCCAGCCAGAGCAGUUCACCUGCCUUAAUGGUAACUGUAUCUCAGCACGCUGGAAGUGUGACGGUCUCAACGACUGCCAGGAUAACUCGGAUGAACUGGAGAGAGUGUGUGCCUUCCACACCUGCUCAGCCUUGGACUUUACCUGUGACAAUGGGCGCUGCGUGCCGCUCAGCUACACCUGUGACUACACAGACGACUGUGGUGACAACAGUGACGAGCGAGGCUGCCCCUUCCCCACAUGUAACCCCGCUACGGAGUUCACCUGCACCAACGGACGCUGCAUCAGUGCGGACUUCGUCUGUGACGGCCACAACGACUGCCGAGACAACUCCACCUCUGAUGAAAUCAACUGCCCUGACAGGACGUGUCCUGCGGGCCAGAUCAAAUGUGAGCGCAACAACAUCUGCAUCUACCCUGAAAACUUGUGCGACGGCUUCAACAACUGUGGAGACAACAGCGAUGAGAAUCCUCUCUUCUGCGCGGGUCGCACAUGCUCUCCGGAUCAGUUCCGCUGUGACAGUGGGAAGUGUAUCCCUGACUACUGGGUGUGUGACUCCAUCCGAGACUGCCUUGAUGGGACAGAUGAACCUCCCACCUGUGAGGACAUAAUCAGAACAUGCGGUCCCAACUUCUUCACUUGUACCAAUGGAAACUGCGUCCCCCACGCACUGGUCUGCGACGGCAACAAUGACUGCUGGGACAACAGUGAUGAGGCUCCUGAACUACAGUGUGGCCAACGUACCUGCAGUUCCAACCAGUUCACCUGUCCAACCUGGUACCCCGGCCACCCGCGGUGUGUACCGUUAAACUUUGUGUGUGACGGGGAGAAAGACUGCGCCAACGCGGCUGAUGAGCUACAGAACUGUCCCAACCGCACCUGCCAUAUGAACGAGUUUGCCUGUUCCAACGGGCUCUGCAUCCUCCUCCACCUCAACUGUGACCGUGUGAACGACUGCGGGGACGGCAGUGAUGAGGUGGGCUGCACAUAUGACACGUGCAGCAGCAGCCAGUUCACCUGUGGCAACGGAGCCUGCAUCCCCUCCUCCUUCACCUGUGACGGGAUGAGUGACUGUAUGGACGGCACAGAUGAGGAGGACAGCUUGUGCGUCACGCCCCAGCCCACCUGUUCGCCUCAGCAUUACAUGUGCAAGUCAGGCGAGUGCAUCGAGCUCAGUAAGGUGUGCAACGGACAGAAGGACUGCCAGGACAACAGUGACGAAAAAGGCUGCGGAGUCAAUGAGUGCCGCAACCCGUCUGUCCACAAGUGCGCCCAGCUCUGCACUGACACCCUCACCAGUUACUACUGCUCCUGUCACCCUGGCUACCGCCUCAUGCCAGAUGGCAAAGCCUGCGAGGACCUUGACGAAUGUUCCAGCACACCCGCCGUCUGCAGCCAGAUCUGCGAGAACACCGUCGGCUCAUUCCACUGUAAAUGCGCCCCGGGGUAUAUCCGUGAGCCGGAUGGACGCACCUGCCGUCAGAACAGUGGCAUUUCCCCAUAUCUGUUGUACACUAAUCGCUACUACAUCCGCAGAUUGACCACUGACGGGUCACAACUGAGUAUAGUCCUGCAGGGGCUGUCCGAUGUGGUGGCGUUAGAUUUUGACGACACUGAGAAGAGGCUCUAUUGGCUGGAUGCAGGGGCAGGAAAGAUUGAGAGGAUGCGUUUGGAUGGAACUGAGAGGGAGACACUGGCAGAUGAAAAUAUAGGUGGAGCUGAAGGCCUGGCACUGGACUGGGUGGGCAGGAAGUUGUACUGGGUGGACAGUUUUUACGGCUCAGUUCAUGUGAUGGAGCUGGAUGGGCGUUACAAGAAGAGACUGCUGUCAGAACACUUCACAGAUGGAAACACCACUUAUCUUAUCAGCCGACCUCGUGCUGUGGCUGUGAACCCUAAAUAUGGAUGGCUUUAUUGGACUGACUGGGGUGAAACAGCAUAUAUCGGCAGAGUUGGCAUGGACGGUAUCAACGUCAGUGCUGUUAUCAAAACCAAGCUGGUGUGGCCCAGUGCUCUGACCAUAGACUACACCACCAACAAGAUCUUCUUUGCUGAUUCCCACCUUAACUUUCUGGACUUUGCAGACAUGAACGGCCAGAACCGACAUCGGGCCAUUGCUGGUACACUUCCCCAUGUUUUUGCUGUGACCCUGUUUGAGGACAUGGUUUACUGGACGGACUGGAACACACACACAGUGGAGAAGGCCCACAAGUACACUGGCGAGCAGCGCACGAUCAUGGGCAACAACACGCAUCGGCCAUAUGACAUUCACGUCUACCACCCCUACAGGCAGCUUCGCAGUGAAAACCCUUGCUCCUCUCAUCACCUGACCUGCAGUCACCUGUGUCUGAUCGCCCCUGGUGGGCAGCAAGCUACCUGUCAGUGUCCAGAUCACUUCAUCGGCCUCUCUGUGGGCUUCAAGAUCCAGUGUGUCGCCGACUGCUCCAGCACUCAGUUCCGCUGUGGGGACAAUGAGAAGUGUGUUCCUAUAUGGUGGAAGUGUGAUGGCCAGUCAGACUGCGGCGAUGGCUCGGAUGAACCUCAGACCUGCCCGCCUCGCUAUUGCCCCAUUGGCCAGUUCCAGUGUCAAGAUGGCAACUGCACCUACCCUGGCUUCCUCUGCGACGGCCACUCAGACUGCCCUGACAGUUCAGACGAGGACGCAGCUCUCUGCAGUGACCACCGAUGCCAGGAGAACCAGUUCCAGUGUAAAAACAAGAAGUGCAUUCCUGUGUCCUGGCACUGCGACGGAGUGGAAGACUGCUCAGAUGGCAGCGACGAGGAUGCAGAGACGUGUUCCCAGAAGACCUGCAGACCAGGACAGUUCCAGUGUGCCAACGGGCGCUGUGUGCCACAAAGCUACGUGUGUGACACCCACGACGACUGUGGGGAUAAAUCUGAUGAGCCAUUUGAGUUCUGCAAUGGUCCAGACAAUAAGUGUAAUAACGUCACUGAAUUCUCCUGCAAGACAAACUACCAGUGUGUUCCAAAGUGGGUCCGCUGUGAUGGCACCGAGGACUGCUACGAUAAAACCGACGAGAAAGACUGCGAGUCAGUGACCUGUGAUCCUCUGGGAGAUUUCCGAUGUGACAACCACCGCUGUGUCCCUAUCCGCUGGCGGUGUGAUGGCACCAACGACUGCGGUGACGGCUCAGAUGAAAGGGACUGCCAGCCAAGGCCUUGCUCUGAGAGUGAGUUUCGAUGUGACGAUGCACAGUGCAUCCCUGGGACCUGGGUGUGUGACCAUGACAACGACUGCGGGGACAACUCGGAUGAACGGGACUGUGAAUUGCAGACGUGUCGUCCAGGUUUCUUCCAGUGUGACUCCGGUCACUGCAUCCCAGAUGAUCUGCAGUGUGAUGGCCGACCUGAUUGUCAGGACCUGUCAGAUGAGACCAGCUGUCCUACUCGUUACCCAGGAGGCCGCUGGUGCCCUCACAACCAGUUCCAGUGUGCAAACCGUCUGUGUGUGAGCCAGGGCUGGGUGUGUGAUGGCAUCGAUGACUGUGGGGAUCGCUCUGACGAACAGCUCACUUUAUGCUUCAACAUCACCUGUGAGAUGCCGUCCAGGUUCCGCUGUGAAAACGGCUACUGCAUCUACUCCGGCCUGCUGUGCAACCAGAAGGACGACUGUGGGGACGGCAGUGAUGAGAAGGAAGAACUCUGCCGCGAGCCCACGCUGCCGCCCUGCACACUGGAAGAGUUCAAGUGCACCAACGGACACUGCGUGGCCCUGCCAUACGUGUGUGACCACAAUGACAACUGUGGGGACCGCACUGAUGAGUUAGGCUGCAAUUUUGGCCAUGAUCGCAACUGUGCGGAGAAGAAGUGCCACCACGAGUGCACCAACCUGAACGGCACCGGCUUCAUCUGCUCCUGCAGGCCUGGAUACAGAGUGGACCCCAACAACACCUUCACCUGCCUCGACAUCAAUGAGUGUGAGGUGUACGGCACCUGUCCUCAGGUCUGUAGGAACACCAAGGGCAGCUACGACUGUGAGUGUGCCCCCGGCUACCGGAAGGUGGGCGAUGGCAAGAUGUGCGAGGCUGAAGGAGCGACUCCCCUGCUGCUUCUACCAGAGAACAUUCGUAUCCGGAGGUUCAACCUGCAGAGUGAGACUUACCACGACUACCUCGAAGAAGAGGAGCACAUUAUGGCUCUGGACUACGACUGGGACCACAACAACACCGGAUUCAGUAUGGUGUACUUCACUGUAGCCGGUAAAGACUCUGUACCAGGUGCCAUUAAGAGAGCACACAUACCCUCAGUGGAUGACGGCAGUAACAACAUCGGACUUGCCGUUGACCUUGGCAUUAAAUACAUCACUAGACCAGAUGGCAUCGCUGUGGACUGGGUGGGCAGGAACCUUUACUGGGCAGACUCCAGGGUAAAGAGAUUAGAGGUGGCCCUGUUGGACGGACGCUACAGGAAGCACCUAGUCAAGACUGAGCUGGGCCACCCGUCUGCUGUGGCUGUCAACCCACGACUGGGGAUGUUAUACUGGGCAGACCGCGGGAUGGCAGCCAAGAUUGAAUGCUCCUGGCUGGAUGGUCAGGAAAGGAAAGUCCUGGUUGCCGAUGGCCUGGGUUGGCCCACUGGUCUGUCGAUUGACUUCACCAACGAUGACAGAAUCUACUGGUCUGACUCCAAGGAAAGCCGCAUAGAGUCUGUUCUGCCUUCAGGAGGCGGCCGUCGAACUGCCGUUUUUAUAGAUGUGAGAAACCCCUUCAGCGUGAACGUGUUCGAGGACCACGUGUAUUGGAGCACUCAGGAGAAAGGCGAGGUGUUCCGGCAGGACAAGUUUGGCCGCGGAGUCAAGACCAAGCUGCUCACUGCCGGGCCGUGGCUGACCCAGGUCUCUGUGUACCAGCAGCAGAGAUACAACUCCAUAGCGAUGAAGAAUCCAUGUAAGGGAACCUGCAGCCACCUGUGCUUGCUCCGGCCUGGAGGUUACACCUGUGCCUGCCCUGAGGGUACUGGCUUCAUCCCCGGCAGUAACACUAGAUGUGACGCCGUUGGAAUAGCGAUCGGGGUGACAGUGGUGAUAGUGGCUCUGUUGGUUGCUCUGGUCUAUGUUGCCAGGAAGAAGCCCAAGGUGCUGGGGGUAAUACGGAGCAAGCUGCCCAGUAUGCCCAGCAUGCCCAGUAUGCCAUCCAUGCCCUCGAUGCCGGCCAUGCCCAACCUGCCAAGCUUCAGAAAUGGUUCUUCUACAAAUGCACUGAACACAGAGAACAGUGACACACGGCUGAAUUGUGAACAGGUUCCCUGUAUGUCUGUGUCCAUGGUGGAGACAGACGGAAAGAGUUUUGAGAACCCAGCAUAUGAAGCUGGACAACAACCUGCUACCAGGAGCGUUAUGACAGCCACCUCCGCUCCUGAUGGAACAAACAAGGAAAACAUUAAUAAUCCCCUGUAUACGGAAGAAGUUCAAGUUGUGGACGAGCCCACAGGAAGCGCAAACAAACCCGCUGCUGCCAACAAGGAGCCUUUCGUGAACCCAUUAUUCGGCUCAGACGCAGAAGAUGUUGACGUCACUUCUAAACAACCAGCUGCUUCGAGCACGCAGGUAGCCAUGGAGACACAUCUGUUUGAACCCAUCGAGGACGACGCUUUUGUGUCAUUCAAAAACCCAGCGUACACGGUGAGUCCAGAAUGA